AUGUUUUGGUCAUUAUACAAAAUAGCUAAAGUUAUAGGUCAGUUUGGCUUAGGUUUAGCAGCAUUAGCAUUAGCAGGACUAUAUUAUUAUCAAAAUACAAUAAUAUAUCCAGCUCUGGUAAAUGAUGGACAUGGAUAUUGUGCAACACCUGAUGAAUAUGAUAUACCUUAUGAAUUGAUACAGUUGAAAACACCAGAUGGAGAAACUUUACAGUGUUAUUCGAUGAAACAAGAUAUUAAAAGUCCUUCAUACACAAAUAAAACAGUUUUAAUCUUAUCACCUAAUGCUGGAAAUAUAGGUCAUGGAUUACCAAUUGCAUCAAUUUUUUAUAAACAAUUUGGUUACAAUGUAUUUAUAUAUAGUUAUAGAGGAUAUGGAAAGUCUACUGGAUCACCAAGUGAAAUUGGUUUAAAAAAAGAUGCAGAUACAGUAAUGGAAUUUUUAAAAACAGAUUCUCAAUAUCAACAAUCAUCAAUAAUAUUAUAUGGUAGAUCAUUAGGUGGAGCAGUUUCAAUUUAUAUAGCAGCUACAAAAUCUUCAUCAAUUCAUGCAAUAAUAUUAGAAAAUACAUUUUUAUCAAUACGUAAAACAAUACCUCAUAUUUUCCCAAUUUUAAAAUUUGCAGCUGGUUUUGUACAUCAAAAAUGGGAAUCUGAAUUAUUAGUUAUUAAUAUACCAUCAUCAAUACCAGUGUUACUACUUAGUGCUCGUAAAGAUGAAAUUGUACCACCAAGUCAUAUGGAUAAAAUUUAUAAUCUAUUACAAAGUGAUUAUAAACAAUUUAUUAAAUUUGAAAAUAGUUAUCACAAUGAUACAGUAUUACAGGAGACUUAUUGGGAUCAAAUUCAUAAAUUCAUUAAAAAUCAAGUCAAUCCAGUAGGAUUAUAA